ACUAUAUGUCUUCUAUUAAAUUCAACUUUUAAUAUUUGUGAGGAACGAUACACCGCUGAACUUGAAUUUCGCCAUAUGGCGUUCGGACAAUGCGAAAAAAUGUAAAGUCGGCGCUAUGAAUCGGAGGGCCAUACAUACAGUUGUGAUUGUUGGGGCUCUCACGUUGCUAGCCUUCUAUCAGUUCCAAAAUGACGUUACAAACUUCCGGAUGUUUUUGACGAAAAGCACGAAUUUGAACGAAAUGGAAGGACAGGGGUCUGCAAUCUUCAAAGCGCACAUAGAUGAUCAAGAUUCCAAAUUUGAGGAGGACGAUUUUCUGCCUUUCCCAAAUCUUCUGAAAGAGGAGGACACAAUAUCAGACGUACAAACAAACGAGUUAGACCACGUGGUAUCGGCAGAGAAAUCAACAAUUACAUUAUUGGAUAGAAAAGAAAUAUACAAACUUGGCGAUUCAAUCAGAGUAAUGAUAGAUCUUUACGACCAUGCUGGACACCGGAAGUCUAGUGGUGGCGAGAUGGUACGAGUUAUCCUUAUCGGAAGUGAUGUGCCUGGUACAGCUGUGCCUGGUCACGUGAUUGACAACGGUAACGGAAGUUACACAGCGGAAAUAGAAGCACUAUGGACCGGCAAAUCAAGAGUGUCUGCUAGCUUGGUUUACAGCCGACAAUCGAUAGCAGCUCUGUAUAGAAUGCGAAGAGAUAUGCUUUCAACGAGAAUAAUUCAAGCCGUAUUUAAAAGCAGGAACUACCAUGAAACGACUGACUGCCACCCAAAUAUAACACAUUUAUUAAAAUUUCGGAACUAUAGUGCUUGUUGUAAUUUGACGUACGUCAACUCCGGGAUGCCGUGGCACUGUGGGCGACCACGUGACAUCCAUCUGCUGUGUGAAGACUGGCAUGCGCUCAAUUUACAGACGGAUGUACCGUUACCUAUCACCAAACUAGAAGAAAAGAUUAUCUCAGAAGGUACGAAAAUUAUAUCAAAGGCCAUGGAUGUACAAGUAGUGGGUAAUCGGAGGAUAGCGGCCUUGCCACAGAGCCCUUGUUACCUGAGGAACAUUCAGGAACUCUGGAGAGAAAGGCGAUCCACUGGAUUUUUCCACAACAGCACCUGGCAUCUUCGGCAUUGCACGGGAAUCACCAGGGAUCGGAUUCCGGAAUGCAUACGACAUAAAUCAAUGUACCUCUUGGGCGACUCGACACUACGCCAUUGGUAUGAACACUACGUGUUGAAAAUCCUCGAAUGUAAACCCACGAGUGAGGAUUGGACUAAAGAAAAAUGGCACAAGCCGGCAACAUGCAGGAACGAUAAACUGAAUUUCAGUGCUGGUUGGUUUCCCUUUUCUGCGGGCAACGACGAGAACAGCUAUACCUUGUACUCGAUUGCCCGCCACAUCGAUGACAUUCCUGACAAUGAAGAACCAUUAGUUGUCGUGCAUUUGUUUUUGCAUAUGGUGCCUUACCAUCAUAGUGUUUUCCAAACAAAGAUGGAACUGAUAAGAAAUAGUGUUGUUAGAUUAUUGAGACGAAAUCCAAAUGCCAAAGUGUUUAUUAAAGCACCACACACUUACCUUAAUAGUCCAGCGGGAAGGGUAAGGUUGAACGACUUCUUUGGAUACCUGUAUACAAACAUAUUGUACAAGAUAUUCCGGGGUUUCCAUGACAAGAUUGUCUUUCUGAAUAACAGGGACAGCUCGGAUUCGCUCCGGUUAGAAUGGAAUCACCCACCACCAUAUGUCGUACAAGCCAUGGUGGAGCAACUGUUUUCAUACGCAUGCGCAUGACAGCUUCAUUUUUGGCGGUGAAGCAGCUGUUCUCAUGCGCAUGCGCAUGAUACCUUCAUUUGUGGCGGUGAAGCAGCUGUUCUCAUACGCAUGCGCCUGAUACCUUCAUAUGUGCCGUUGAAGCAACUGUUCUCAUACGCAUGCGCAUGAUACCCUCACAUGUGGUGUUGAAGUAACUGUUCUUAUACGCAUGCGCCUGAUACCUUCAUAUGUGCCGUUGAAGCAACUGUUCUCAUACGCAUGCGCAUGAUACCCUCACAUGUGGUGUUGAAGUAACUGUUCUCAUACGCAUGCGCCUGAUACCUUCAUUAGUGCUGAUGAAGCAAAUGUUCUCGUACGCAUGCGCAUAACACAAUAUUAAGAAAUAAAUGUUUAUAUGUUAUCUGAUUAGUGUUUUGAUUAAGAGACACUUUAAGUUAAGCAUAUGUUUUUACCUUUGCCUCUUAUCUCCAUUUAUGUAGU